GUUCGAAAUAGCAUUAAAAUUGGUUGCUCGCCAUUUCAAAAUUAAAUUGACAGUGCAGUUCGUCAAGUUGAAUGAGAAAAUAAUCUUUGGACCCAUGGGCGACAUCCCCGGAAAGAUAUAAAGCCUAGAUCUGACGGAGUUUUCCCGGGUAUUCCCUCUAGCCUCCAUGGUACUAUUGCGGAGAAAAGUGUCACCAUUGCUUAGCUUUGCCGAUAGGCCAUUGAGAACAUUAGAAAAUCGCCGUGGACCUGGAUGCCUUGCCAAUCAGUGCCGAAUACAGUAUCUUGACAAACAGCCAGACUGCAUGGGGCGUCAUACGUGCGGGAGUGAGGAUGGCGUGCCACCUUGCAGGAUGGUGGAAUGGACGAAAAGCCUAUUUGCCUGGUAUAAAACGGUGCAUUGAUCACUGCAAUGAGUCCCGGCUGUCAUCGCAUAUCGGGGUAUUUUGAUUCAUCCAACUACCCGUCCCCAGUUAUCACUCCGAUACAAUGGAGAACGACAGCGAGAAAGGUGCCGGGGUGACGGUCCAGUCCAACUCAAGGUCGGAGGAAUCUGUUAUCCAAGAGGGAGGAGUGAAGUACACAGCAGAGACCGGUGUCAACUCCACGGCAGUCACUUAUCAAGAUGCUUCGGGCGCACCGGUCGAGACAGACUCGCCGUUAGGAUACUCCGUUAGCUUCUGGACAAGCUUAUGCUUGAACAUCAAUCAGAUGAUCGGAACGGGUAUUUUCUCAACACCGGCUACAAUUCUCUCCGGUGUCGGCUCUGUCGGACUGACCAUGGUUUACUGGUUUAUCGGAUAUGUAUUAGCUCACACAACGCUGGCAACAUAUCUCGAGCUAGCAUCAUACUUUCCCAGUCGCUCCGGCGCGGAAGUGGUCUAUCUCGAACAAGCAUACCCGAAGCCGCAAUAUUUCUUCCCGACGACAUUCGCCGUCAAACACGUCGUGUUUUCAUUCGGAAGCAGCAACGCCGUUGUGUUGGCGCAGUAUCUCUUUGGCAUUUCUGGUCAUGAAUACACCAACUGGCAACUGAAAGGUGUUGCCGUGGCAGUUUAUACCCUUGCGUUUAUAGUGGUCAGUGCGAACACAAAAUGGUCCCUGCGACUAGUAGUCUGGUUCGGCUUCGUCAAAAUCGCCACCCUGGUGUUGAUCUCCAUCGCUGGGCUCGUAGUCCUUGGAGGACACACCAAAGUGGCCGAUCCUCAGAUUAACUGGCGAAAUGCUUGGGAAGGAAGUUCAGAGGCAACUGCAUACGGCGCCACAAAUGCCAUGGUCAAGCUGAUUUUCUCCUAUGCUGGCUAUACAAACGCGUUUAGUGUUGCCAAUGAAAUCAAGAACCCCGUGAAAACGCUCCGCUGGAGUGCGCCGUUCUCACUUAUCCUGGUCACAAGCUUGUAUAUCCUGGUCAACGUCGCGUAUUUCUCCGCCGCAUCGAGAGAAGAGAUCCUGGCGUCGAAGCAAAUUGCCGCCGGUAUAUUCUUUGAGAAAGUCUUCGGCUCUAAUGGAUCGGGACGUGCGCUGAAUGUACUCGUCGUGAUCAGCGCAUUUGGGAACCUCAUGGCGGUAAUGGUCAACUAUUCUCGCAUGCUGCGAGAGACUGGAAGACAAGGCGUCCUACCAUGGGGUAAGUUCUGGACCUCCACGAGGCCAUUCGGAACCCCCAUCGGCCCAUACUUUGUGCAAUGGGGCAUGACGGUGAUCAUGAUCUUGGCUCCACCUGCUGGAGACGCAUUUAACUUUGUGGUUGACCUAUCCGUCUACCCAUCCAAUAUCUUCAACUUCCUCCUCGUCGUGGGACUGCUCAUCAUCCGCCGACGUCGCGCCAAACUGAACUUCCCGAGGCCGGAGUACCGCGCCUGGAACGUUGCUAUUGCUUUCGCGAUACUCACCAACGUCUACCUGCUCGUUGCACCUUGGUAUCCCCCCUCGGGAGGUGCAAAUGGUGGCGACGUUAGCUUCUGGUAUGGCACGUACCUGGUGGUUGGAAUUGGAAUGAUCCUUCUUUGUGGAGUAUACUACUACUUCUGGAUCGAGGUACUUCCGAAAUGGAAAAGAUAUGAAUACCGACAGACGGUCGUCGAUUUUGAUGACGGAUCCGUGGCCCAUAAACUGGUCAAGGUACCGACCGCGGACUUGGUGCGUUGGGACGAGGAACACGACGCUGUCGGACGAUUGCGCCAUCGGACGGGGUAUCAGGAGGAGAAUAAGGAGAGCUAUUGAGUGAUGCAUAUCAUG